ACUGGAUUCACUUUCAGUAUAGCUUUUUCUCAACUCACAUUCAUACCGUUUUUUCGCAUCAUGGAUGAGAUGCGUGCGAUAUUUGAUUGUAGAUUAGUUGAAGAGGAGAGAAAGAUAUUAUCUGUUUUACCAUCCUAUGAGAGCGAGUUUGUACCCAUAGAUGUCAGCUUUGCAGAAGACCAAAAAAUUUGGACGAUAUCAGUCAAUACAGGUUCAUCCAAUACGCCCAUAGUGUUGUUACAUGGUUUUGCCGCCUCUCUUGGUUUUUGGUGUUUGAACUUUGAGCCUCUUUCAAGAGAUCGACCACUAUAUGCCAUCGAUAUUCUAGGCUUCGGACGUUCCUCCAGACCACACUUUAGUGACAAUAACUUAGAGGUUGAAAGACAAAUGGUUGAGGCCAUUGAAGCAUGGAGAAAGCAAAUGAAAAUAGAGAAAAUGAUCCUAUUGGGACACAGUAUGGGGGCAUAUUUAUCAGGACUGUAUUCCAUGACCCAUCCAGAAAGAAUUCAGCAUUUGAUUCUGGUUGAUGCAUGGGGUUAUUCUGAUAAGUAUGAGAAACCCUCGAUCCUCCUGAAAAUUCUUUCCUUCAUAUUCUGCAAAGUUGAUCCUCUUGAAAUCAUACGAUGGAUGGGUCCUCAGUGGGGUCCAUUUGUUAUGCUGAAAACAGUACCUGACAUUUUCGUUAAAGUUGGAGAUAAAUUGAAUGAUCAGUCGAUAUUACCAAAGUAUUGUUUUUACUGUAAUGCCUCGCAGGAACCAACAGGUGAAAAGGCAUUUUACAGUUUGAUUCUCGGACUUGGAUGGGCUAAAUCUCCAUUGAUCAAGAGGAUGCAUAAAUUGGAUAAAAACAUUUCUAUUACGGUCCUAUAUGGUUCCGAUACUGUGAUGGAUAGCCAAAUGGGUCCUAGAAUAAAAGCCCUCACACCAGAUUCUUUCGUCGAUAUCAAAGUAGUUGAUAAAGCAUGGCAUCACAUAUACUCUGAGAACGCCAACCAAUUCAAUGAAAUAGUUUUGAAUGCUUGUCAGUUUGCUGACCAGAAGAAACUUUGAUUACAAAAAAAGGGACAGAAUCAUCAUCUACAAAAUUUGUCUACAGGAUAUUCAUCUUUCAAUAAACCAUUUUAUUUUCAAUAUUGAUGAUUCAAUUACGAAUGAUUUAAUAAAUCAAUAAAAUGAGA